GGACGCUUCAUCAGACUAUCAACAUGGUGUCUUACAGCUUUAAAGUACUUUUUUAUGUCCUGAUCUCUGCCAGACUGAUGGUUCCUCUGGAUGCUGAUGAUGACGACUGUACAGCAGAUCUAAAAGUUCGUCGGAACACGAGUUAUAAAGCGUCUCUGGGACAAGAACUCAGGGUUGAAUGUCCAGUUGCGUUCUGCAACAAUUUACCACCAACAAUCUGCUGGUAUAAAGUUAAGGAAGAACAUAUUUGUCUCAAUGACAACAAUAACAAUCACAUGAAGACGGAAUGGAAAAGAUCAAAUCCAUCAGAAGGGAUAUUCUACUUGUUAUUUCAAAGCAUCAUCAUCAGUGAUUCAGGUGAAUAUCGGUGUAAAGGUGGAGGCAGUAGGAGUCACAUCAUCUACAUUGAUGUUUAUGAUAUGGGCACAAAUGACCCUCGUACGACAAUAACCAGUGACACAAGGAUUCAUGAGGACACAAACAAUGUCACAAAUAACCAACCUGUACCUGAACGAGCAAACACAUUUUUGAUGUCUAUAUACUCCACUGCUGGGAUUGGUUCCUUUGUCGUCAUAGUGUUUAUUAUUUCUAUAAUAUGCAUGCGAGGGUUGAAAGGAAAAUCAAGGACAGAAUCCACAGAGGUCCAGUCCUCACCCAGAGGAAACCCAACGCCGGCGGAGGAACAAACUUCUGUUGUGUACAUGGUCUGCCAGGAGGGGAAGCUGCCCGGUCGCUGAGGCAGAUAGAGGAGACACAGCUAUACGUUUGGUUUAAUGACUGAAAAUCUGCUGGAAUAAAUGAAUGAUGUAGCAUUUGUAAACAUUAGGUUUACUUUGACUGGUCCAUUCUAACUCAUGAUUAUGCUUUGAUCUAAACCGUUCCCGCUCUGGUUGCUUGUUUAAAGUUGUUAUCCUUCUGGAAGGAGAACUUCAGCCUCAAGUCUUU